GGACACCCCAAAACCUGGGGUACGGAACCGGCAGCAGCACCCAGAUGGGCUCGGCGCUGCCGCUGGCGCUGGGGGGCGGCUCCGAGGACGUGAAGCCCCCGCUGGGAAUUCGGGGUCCCCCCAAUAAUCCCAACAUUCCCAAUAAUCCCAAUAUUCCCAGUAAUCCCAAUAUUCCCAGUAUUCCCAGUAUUCCCAACAAUCCCUGCGCCCCCCACGGCCCCGGGAAGCGCCUGUGCGCCAUCUGCGGGGAUCGCUCCUCCGGCAAGCACUACGGCGUUUCCAGCUGUGAGGGCUGCAAGGGCUUCUUCAAGAGGACGAUCAGGAAGGACCUGACCUACACCUGCCGCGACAACCGCGAGUGCGUGGUGGACAAACGGCAGCGCAACCGCUGCCAGUACUGCCGCUACCAGAAGUGCCUGGCCACCGGCAUGAAACGGGAGGCCGUGCAGGAGGAGCGGCAGCGGGGCAAGGACAAGGAGGGGGACCCGGAAUUUGGGAUGGCGCCCAACGAGGAGAUGCCGGUGGAGAAACUUCUGGAAGCCGAAUUGGCCGUGGAGCCCAAAAGCGACGACGGCGCCGGACCCGGAGGAGCCUCCCCCAAUGACCCGGUGACCAACAUCUGCCAGGCGGCCGACAAGCAGCUCUUCACCCUCGUCGAGUGGGCCAAGAGGGUCCCCCACUUCUCGGGGCUCCCCUUGGACGACCAGGUCAUCCUGCUCCGGGCAGGCUGGAACGAGCUGCUGAUCGCGUCCUUCUCCCACCGCUCCAUCGCCGUCAAGGACGGGAUCCUUUUGGCCACCGGGCUCCACGUUCACCGCAACAGCGCCCACAGCGCCGGCGUCGGCGCCAUCUUCGACAGGGUUCUGACGGAGCUGGUGUCGAAGAUGAGGGACAUGAGGAUGGACAAGACGGAGCUGGGCUGCCUGAGAGCCAUCAUCCUCUUCAAUCCCGACGCCAAGGGGCUGUCGAACGCGGCCGAGGUGGAGCUGCUGCGGGAGAAGGUUUACGCCUCGCUCGAGUCCUACUGCAAACAGAAAUACCCCGAGCAGCAGGGCAGGUUUGCCAAGCUGCUGCUGCGUUUGCCGGCGCUGCGCUCCAUCGGCCUCAAGUGCCUGGAGCAUCUUUUCUUCUUCAAACUCAUCGGGGACACCCCCAUCGACACCUUCCUCAUGGAGAUGCUCGAGGCUCCCCACCAGCUCUCCUGA